AUGGAACCGUUCCCCUCACACUCUCCCGGGUUUGUGAACCUUUUAGCUUCGCAGAGCAGUCCAUCUAUAGACGUUGACUCUGCUGAGGCAUUAGGUAACUCGCCCGGGUUAGUUAAACCUUUGGAAAGGAGAAAGUGGGGUGUGAAAGAAGACCUUGUGCUCAUUAGCGCUUGGUUGAACACGAGCAAGGAUCCCAUAGUCGCUAAUGAGCAGAAGAGGUGGGGAAGGGUGAAUGCGGAGGUGAGCAGGUUCGUUGGUUGCCAUGAAGCAGCUUUGAAGGAGCAGUCGAGCGGGCAAAAUGAGAAUGAUGUCAUGAAAGCAGCACAUGACAUCUUCUUCAAUGACUACAACGUCAAAUUCACACUUGAACAUUGCUGGAGGGAGCUGAGGUUUGAUCAGAAAUGGAGGUCACACGUCAAAGAUGGUGCAAAGGAGAAGAGGAAGGAACCAGCUCCGGAGGUCGUACUUGACGAUGGAGAUGUUAGGCCUCCGGGUGUGAAGGCCAGCAAAGUAGGGAAGCGCAGGAAGCACAGGAAUGAAGCUGCUUUUGAUCGAGUUGAGAGCUUGCUAGCUAUGAAAAAUAUGUAUUCCAAACAAAAGAUUCUUGAUCGUCUCCUUGCCAAAAAUGAGGAGACACUUUCUUCUCAAGAGAAGGAACUUAAGACUAAACUAAUUGGUGAAAUGCUUUGA